CAGGGCGAAAUCACAAAGGAUGCCGUCUACAUAGAUGCCGAGCGGCGCUUUGAGGAGCUGGAAAAGGAGACCAAGAAGCUUCAUGAGGAAUCCAAAAAGUACUUCCAAGCCAUAAAUGGCAUGCUCACCCACCAGAUCGAGUUCUCCAAAGCUAUCGCUGAAAUCUACAAACCCAUAUCUGGGCGCAUGUCAGACCCUGACUCGUUCCACGAUGAAGGCAAUGCGGCAGGCAUCGAAGCAUGUGGACAAUAUGAGGAAAUCGUCAAAGAACUACAGGAAACCCUGAAACCGGAGCUCGAAAUGAUCGAGACCCGUGUUAUCAAGCCGGCAGACCAGCUGCUCGAAAUCAUCAAGGCAGUACGAAAAAUGGCCCUGAAGCGCGACCACAAGCAACUUGACUACGAUCGCCACCGAGCGGCGCUUAAGAAGCUCGAGGAAAAGAAAGACAAGACCCUCAAGGAUGAGAAGGCCAUGUACCGCGCCGAGGCAGACGUCGAGCAGGCUACACAGGACUACAACUACUUUAAUGAUCUUCUCAAGGACGAGCUACCCAAGCUGUUCAAACUGGAACGGGAAUUCAUUCAGCCGCUCUUCCAAUCCUUCUACUACAUGCAGCUUAACGUUUUCUACACUCUCCACGAACGCAUGCAAAAUAUCGAUAUUGGCUACUUCGAUCUUACCCUAGACAUCGAAGCCGCAUAUGAGAAGAAGCGCGGCGACGUACAAGCGCAAGCCGAGGCCAUUUCCAUGGUCAAGUUCAAGACAACCGGCGGUCGCAAACCAGGUCAGGGGUCGAAGUACGCAUCGAAAGCACUGGAAGCCAAGUCAGAGCGAAGAUCAUCCACCCUCUCGGCCAGCACAGACACGCCGCCUCCACCUUAUAGUCCUACGCCAGGCGUCGGCGCGAUCGCGAGUCCACCAGGAUCUGCAACGAGUUGGGGAUCGGCCGCUAAAUCGAAGGGCGCAGCACCACCCCCACCAAAACCCAAACCAUCGAGGCUCAGUGGCGUGCCAGCUACCAAGACCGUCACCGCAUUGUACGACUACGAGGCACAGGCCGAGGGCGAUCUGUCAUUCAUCACAGGCGAUGUCAUCGAACUCGUCACGUGGACAGAGAACGUGAACGAGUGGUGGAUCGGUAAGGUUCGCGGCAAACAGGGGCAAUUUCCAGGUAGGCACAUCAAUUCGCUGAAAUGUUGGAAUCUCGAGCUAAUGGCAUGUCAGGCAACUAUGUCCAGUUCAAUGCAUAAGGCCGGAGGGAGAGAUACACAUAGAUUCUACUUUCGGUGGCAUGUUCUCGUUUUAGCGGGGAUGAGAGGUGGCUUCUGUUGGUUAACAAGAUGGAGUCCUUGCAGACGCAGACUUUGCUUUCGAAGCUUAAUAUUGAGAACGAUACUUAUCCACGUCAUCAUCUGA